CUGAACAGAAACAAAGUGAAGUGCAAUCUGACAGAAUGGGGAAGCGCCUGUGCAUUUCUCUGUACUCGGUCCUGUUUGCACUCAGGAGACUGGUCCGGUUGCAAGAUGCCACACACAACAGAAAAUAUUCCCAAACUCUCCCAGCAGCCUCCCCCGUUUCUGCUUGCAGUAAAACAGGGGGAAGAGAGGGAGAGGGCAACUUGGCGGCUGAGAAGGCCUCACUGGAAACCAUGAGACUGCCCUUCUACCACGGGAAAAUCAACAAGGCACAGACCGAGGAGCUAUUAACAUCUUCAGGCAAAAACGGCAGCUACUUGAUCCGAAACAGCGAGACUGUGACUGGGAGCUAUUGCCUGUGUGUGUUGAAUCAAACGUUUGUUCAUACUUAUCGGAUUUUUGAAAAUUCUGGAACCUGGCACGUUCAGACAUCGGAAGGAAUUCCGCCUCAGUUUUUCAGCAGCAUUGAUAAACUUAUUUUAACUUACACAAAACCAGACCAAGGUACGGUUGUACCAUUACUGCAUCCAGUGGAACAUAAUGCAGACAAAAUAGGAAGCCACAAUGGAGGUGCACAGGGAAAACAUGAGUACUUGGACAUCCUGAGCAUCUGACCAGAGCAACAGGACAUUGGACGGAUCUCCAGCUACUGGAUCACAAAAGGAUCAUUUUGCAAUGAAAUGCAUUUCUUCUGCUUGAGUGUUGCUUUGUGUAUUGAUUUCUUCAGUCAGUGUUUUGUUGGUUUCACUGUUCUACAUCCUGGAAAAAAGUGAAAUUGCAGUUGGUGCCUCAUCAUUCUGGUGCCAUAAUUUGAGUCCUUCGUUCUUUUCGAGUUGUAAAUACAGAAGGAGGCCAUUUGGCUCACUGUACCUAUGCAGGCUCUUUUAAAGAUCUAUUCAAUUAUUUCGAGGACAGAUUGGCCGAGACUCAAUCAUUCAUCAUGGUUUAUACAUAAACUGGAUACCAGAUUGUACUUUUUAUUCCCUCAGAGGCCUGACAGUUUCAAAGGCGCUUAGCUUAAUGAUCCUGUACCUUUAGUCAUUUUUAGCAAAUUUUCUGAAGUAUAGGAAUCCUGCCUAUGAUUAACAAUAGAAAGAAUGUUAAAAUGAAGAUGUGUUGUUGAUUGAAAACAGAUUUGAAUCCCUUGUCUUUCCUCUCAUUUCUAUUGAAAUCAAAGGAUGUGAGUUUGAAAUGAAUUUGAGCCCCAAUUUCAAAUUUUUCAAUUUAACCUGGGGCAUGUACUCAAAACGUCUAUUCGUUUAGGAGCUAAUAUCAACCCAUAAGUUUAAGAAGCCUGAUAUUUCCUGUAAUGUUGAUGUUUUGGAAAGCUUUAUUCAUCAUUAUCAAUGAUUUUGCUCCCAGUAGUUGUGAAUGCUGAGAUAUAAUGGUCUCAACCACAUCAUAAUUUCAGGCUGAUGCAUGUGUUAUGGACCAGACCAAACCCCUCAAAGUAUAUGAAGAAAAUAGUCAAGACUAUAACUUUUUCUUAUGUUAAAGGCAAAUUCCAGGUGCUGCAUUCCAAAUGCAAUUUGAUAGAUCAACCACCAGAUUUGAAGUAAAACACUUUAUUCAUACACUAUUGUCAAUAUACAACAAAGGAAAAAUAGGAAUAAAUUAACUCUAUUGAAAAACUUAACAAAAUAAUAGAUUAUUUAACUAAUAAUCAGUAAGUGCUCCAAUAUAAUAACAUCCCAUAAACACACCCUUGGCAAAGGCAAAAUCAGUAAAAUAGAUUGGCUUACAUGCAAUUCUAGCAGCAAGAAGAGAAUCCAGCUUUUAGCUUUAACAGAGAGAGAGGAAAAAUAGCUUCAUAUCCAGUUUCAAGGCACCGGCAGCUGCUACUGAAAAAUUUUAAACUAAAAAUCCUGGUUCUGAACAAGCUUGACCCCACCCAUUCAGGCUGCUUCUAUUGUUCCAACUUUGAAAAAUAAAACCAAGGCCUCACAGGCUGUUUACUUUAUUGGAUUCAAAUAGACAGCUCAGCGCCUCUGUCUUAAAACUUCUCUUCAAAAGAAAACCAGGAUGAAAUACACCUCUUAAAGCUAUAGUAUCAUCACACAUAUAAGUGUACGCAAGAAAAACUACAAGGUGCAGUAUGUGAGAGUGUACUCCAGAGGAGUUUCUGUUGAUGGUCAUGCCAUGUUCUUCGUAAAACAUCAGGGAUUCACAGUUUGUCCAUUUGGGCUAAUUGCCCUAAAACUAAUGUGAAGUUUCACAUUGUCUUACUUGGAGCAGGUAUUAUUGGACACACAAUCUGACCAAAAACACAGGGUCAGGAACAUAUGGGAAUCUUCAGCAAGAAGUACAGGUGUUGUAAUGAAUUUGUUGUUAAUUGUUAAUAAAAUAUCUUCACUUGACUUAAACAAA